AUGUCGUCGGCCAUCAACGACGACGAGCUCUCUAUUUCCCUCCCACAGACUAAUUCCAGCCGCUCAAGACCGUCCCUUCCUAGUGUCGUCUCUCCUCCCGCACGCUCCAGCUUGAGUCAGACCCCGAUGGCAGAGUCUCCAGGCACUGCCCGCGCCGCGCAACGACUCCAUCAGUACGCUUUUGUCCGUAAUAUCGGCGAAGGAUCGUUUGGAAAAGUCAAGCUUGCUAGACACAAGGUCACCGGUCAAGAGGUUGCAAUGAAGACUAUCAGUCGACGCAAAUUGAUCAGUCGAGACAUGGCAGGCCGGAUAGAGCGGGAGAUCCAAUAUUUGCAACUCCUGCGUCACCCACACAUUAUCAAGCUCUACACCGUCAUCACCACCAAGACAGACAUAUACAUGGUGCUGGAAUAUGUUCCUAUGGAGCUUUUCGACUACAUCGUAAAGCAUGGUCGGCUUGGAGAAGCCAAGGCACGGAAGUUGUUUCAACAGAUCAUCUGCGCCGUCGAGUAUUGUCAUCGCCACAAAAUCGUCCAUCGAGAUCUUAAACCGGAAAAUCUCCUCCUUGACAAGAACAUGAAUGUCAAGAUCGCCGACUUUGGCCUCAGCAACAUUAUGACAGACGGCAAUUUCUUGAAGACGAGCUGUGGAAGCCCAAACUAUGCUGCGCCCGAAGUUAUUGGCGGAAGGCUCUAUGCUGGCCCGGAAGUCGAUGUUUGGAGUUGCGGCGUGAUCCUCUACGUCUUUCUUGUCGGAAGGCUUCCAUUUGACGACGAGUUCAUCCCUGCACUGUUCAAGAAGAUUCAGGCCGGCACCUUUCACAUUCCAUCACAGACUCCGCCGGGCGCGGUAAACUUGAUCAAGCGAUGUUUGCAAGUACAUCCCGUUCAUCGCAUCACCAUUCCCGAAAUCCGGCAAGAUGAAUGGUUCAUGAAAGAUCUCCCUGCUUAUUUGGUUGACCCCGUUGAGGAGUUUCUAGAUACUGGUGUCGACCCAACCAAAGCCAUCGACCCUCGCCAGCUGGCCCCUGGAAAGCCACUCGAUGUGGUUGAGAAAAUUCAUGAGCAGGUAGUUGGCAAGCUUGGGCGUACGAUGGGUUACGCAAAGGAGGAUGUCAAGGAUGCUCUGAGCAAAGACGAGCCAAGUGCGAUCAAAGAUGCGUAUCUCAUAGUCAGAGAGAACCAGUUGAUGAUCAGCACUCCUCAAUACCGCACAGACAACCCAGAACUGGAGUCAUUUAUGGCUUCCUCACCUCCUGUCGAACCGAAUUAUCCCAACUUCCCCGGAUCGCCACGCCGCUUCCAGGAUAAUGAUGUCAAGCCUCUCACUCCAAGCCGCACAGACGCCCACCGAGCCAGUCGAUCGUUAUCUGAAACUCCAUCUUCGCUGAGAGAAGAGGAGAAGCCUAGGAUCUCGAAUGUUCGGGUGCUGAACACGUCACUGCCUCACGUCCAUGAAGAACUCCUUCAGAUUCGUGAAAAGGCCAAGGCUCGCGGCGAAGACCCGGACAUGAUUCUUCAUCCGACACAAAAUCAAGAUCAGAAGGAUGAAGCCGAAAGUCCCAUCCCCGAGGAAAUUAAGGAUGAACACGGGAAUCCCAUUUAUCGAUCCAAAGAGGAACAAGAGGCCACGUCAAGAGCGUUAAAACCACACUCGCGAUCUGUGACAGUUUUGAAUUCCUUGCGAGACCUCAAAACUCGGCCCGAAGGUAUGACGACGCUACCAACCGAUGAAAACCGCCCACCAGCCUCGAAAACAAAGCCCAGACGGUGGCAAUUUGGGAUCCGCAGUCGAAACCAACCCUGGGAGGCCAUGAAGUGCUUGUAUGCCGCUCUCAUGGCUCAAGGUGCUGAGUGGGAAGUCAAUCCGUGGCUGCGACCGGAGUCGAUGCCAGACGGCGAGGACGAGAAGGAUGGCAUUCCACCGCCUCCGCCAGAACUAGAGCCCGGCCAACGUCAUGAGAUUAUGCAACAGCGGUUUUCAUUCGUCGACGACGACUACUACAUACCAAGAGACCCAUACAAUAUUCGUGCGAGAAUCCUAAAGAAGGGAUUGCUGAUGCCCGGUGAAGCACCAUCGCUGUCCGCUCACAGUUCGGCGGUCAGUCUGCCGGCAGAAGCACAGAACCAGCUCAAGAAACAUAUCGAGCAGCUGGGAUACGCCUCAGAGGAUGUCAAACAAGUGCUCGGCAUGAACUCUCCCAACGGAGGCCAAUCAUAUGCAAAGACACCAGCAAGUAGCGGACACACCACGAGACAGAAUACUGGAGGCGAGCCGGCCGGCCAUAGCUUGGAUGCUUUUACUGGCCCAGGACAAGUGUCCAUGAGCAGACCUGACAGUCUCUCUGCGCUCAACAAGAAGAUCCCAAGCGAGCAUAUUGGAGUUUGGGUGUUCAUUGACAUUCAACUGUACACCAUAGAGCAAGGGACGUUUGUUGUGGAUUUCAAAUGCGAUGGAUACCAGAAUGUCAUUUGGCAUGACGCGAAGAAGGAGCGCGAGAAGAACAAGACACCUACCAGCAGCAGCACAGUCACCAGUCCGACGAACAGCAGACCCACCAGUGGUUUUGGAGACAUCAGUCACACGAGCUCUGAUCGGCUCGAUGAAGAGGGUGCAGAAGGCUACUGGAAACCGGUCAGCAAGCGCUAUAAGAACGUGGAAAAGGAGAUCUCCAGCCCUUAUCCUUACCUCGAUGUGGCCAGUGACUUGGUGGCUCAACUAGUAAGUCUGAGUGCUAAGGCUGCGCAACGGUCCUGA